GGUACAGUCCAAACUAACCGAACCUCAACCUGAUGGCGGGAAAGGCCGCGCGCCGCCGAAUUUUAAACGGACGGUGAUUGUUUCAAAAAAGAACAGUCUGAAUAUGGAUUCCAAAACCGCGAAGGUUUCCACAUGGCUAUCAAAGAUUUUUGAGGAUCAGCAGAUCCCCUUCUAUGAAGUGAAUCCAUGGACCAUGGAUGUUCUGUAUCGUCUGAUGGAGCGGAAUGAAACGCGCGACUGUGAUGUCAUGCAGCUGAUUGAGGAUGUGAAGCAAAAAUCUGUGGAGUAUAAGUCUGAUGCCGACUACUUGCAAGAUUUCAUUAUGGAGAGUGCAGGUUUAUCCUCCACUAGCCUCUCCAGUAAUGGAUCUAGCUGUCUGAAAAACCUGGUGAAUAGCAGCCUUGCUUUGGACCUAAAAGAUACUUCUCAAACCAGCUUUGUGCUUGCAAUAAAAGAUUUGACCUCUGACCAUUUAGCAGCUGAGAACAGAAGUCAGAUGGUUAUAAUUAGUGACCUGUCGAAGAAACUGACUGAAGCCAUCAAUCUGGAAAAGUCUCUGGAAAAGGAUUUACUGCAAACAGAUGCCUGUCUCAUUGAAGCCAAGGCAAAAAUAGAGUGUAAAAAGCAGAAUGCAGACUUCUUCAGAAAAAAAAUGAAAGAAUGGAGCCAACUGAGCCAAAGUUUAGAGAAUGAUCUGAAGCAGGUUGGAUUUGAUGCAUCUCUAGAUCAUCAAUCGCUUGUAGAACUUUCUGAGAAACUGGAAAAUACAAAGAAGGAAGUAGAAUCUUUGAAUACAAAGCUGAAAUCCUACCAUGACUUGACACCUAAUUUCUACAGUGCCAAAGUAAAAAUUGAAGAAACAAAAUUGGAGCUGAGCAAGGUUGAUCAUCUACUUUCUGAGAAGAUGGAUGCUCUGGGCUGUGUGUCACCUGAAGUGAAUCCAUUUAAAUGAGCAACAAACUGAUGUUUGGAUUCUAAUGUGAAAUAUCUAACACUUCAUACUGUUUGUGUGUCUGAAACAUAAUUCAAUGAAGUUUAUAUAUUUUAAGGCUUGCAAUAAUAAUUAAAGAUUAUUGCAGACAUAUUACUUUGGAUCAGUGAAGUUCAUAUGAAAUAAACCUAGAAUAUUUGUGUUAUGCUUGUCAUUUAAAUGUAAAGACACUUUUUAAAUAGUUCCAUGUUGAUGCUGUUGGAAAAAAAAGUCAUAUUGCUUGCAGUGUUGUUCCAGUUUAUGGUUAAACCAAGGGGCUUCCAUAGUUGAUUCUGUUUCCUGACAUCUCAUUGGCUCUCCUUUUAUAUUACAGUGGUGAACUAAGGUUGCUGGGAAUAAUCAUUAACAGAUUUAAGGUUUAAGAAGUGCCAGUAGUUGAUAUUUCUGAAUGGAGCACACUUCUUUUUCUCAUCAUUCUUUAUUACCUAAAUUUAUCCUUUUUUCUAUCUAGUCUGAAGGAUUGACUGUGGUCUUAGCGUAUCUUUUGCAUGAUUGCUGGCAAUAGUUUAAUUGGGGGGUUGCAGGGAGGAGAGAGGCUUUCCUACUCCAGCUUGUCCUGUCUUCUCUCUCUCAUCUUCCAGCAGUAAUACAUUUAUCAGAAGUGUAGGAUGAGGGGGCUUUUUUUGCCCUAAAUCUAGGAAAACCUUAUUUAUUAUGCUCACAUGAGUAUGUUGUUUGAACUUGACGCCUUCAUGAUUUUUAUGCUCAAUCUAGUGCUGUGUUAUGUAUGUAGUUAUAUAUGGAGCUGUUGCAUGGACCCCUCUUUCAUGUUUGUAUGCAUAGAACCAUUGCCUUGUUCUGCCUGAAUAAGGUAAAAAUGACUUAAUUUAGAUUUCUUAUAUCUACACCAUUUCUGUUCUGUGACAGAACCUAGCAAUUGUAUAGCAUUAUGCAACAAUAAAAUGACCGCAAUAGAUAACUAGCAUUAUGCAAAAAAUAAAUACAUAUAAAUAGUUAUCUACUGAAGUCAUAAGAGACUUCUCAAAUCUUCUCAAUUUAUAGGAGACUUUCAGUAAUUUCUGUUGUGCAGCAUUGUGUACAGUUCUGGGCACCAUGCUUUAGAAAAGACGUGUGCACAUUGGAGGGAGUCCAGAAGACAUUUUCAAGAAAGGUUUCAGGAUGAGAAACUUGGCCUAUGACAAUACAUUGAAGAAGUUAGAACUUUUCUGUUGAAGUAGAGGUUAGAAAAGCACUUAAUUUUCAACUGCAACCACUAAAUGUUUGACAUUGGACAACAUCCCACCAUCAUAGUCUCUGUGUAUUUAUUGCUUUAUCAAACCCAAAUGCAAGUAGAAGCAAUCUGAGCAAUCAAGUUACUAAAGCACACAAUUUAAUAAGUAUUACCCAAUCGAUUGAUAGAUAUAUGCAAUACAGUAUUUCCUUCCAGUUAAAGCAAUCAAGUAAACUUAGCGUGUUCAAGUCUACCUAAGUGACCAUGACAAUUUUUUGUCAUACAAUUGAUUUCAUUUCUUAAAGUCUAAGAUUUACAGAUUUGUGAUCUUUCUUUCUAAUGUGAAACAGAACUGCAGUGUCAGCAAGGUUAGCAUGUAAACAUGCGUACAGUAUUUUGUAAAACAAAAUCUGAAUGUAGUUGAAACCUAAUUAAAAUCUUGAAACCUG